CUUAUCAGGAAUGUUUUAGCAAGUGCGUCUGCUGAUAAUACUGUAAUUCUGUGGGAUAUGUCUGUGGGUAAGCCCGCAGCCAGCCUGAUGGUACAUACAGACAAGGUCCAGACAGUGCAAUUUCAUCCAUUUGAAACCCAGACCCUUAUUUCUGGAUCUUAUGAUAAGUCAGCUGUGCUGUAUGAUUGCAGAAACCCACAAGAUAACCAUCGAACGUGGCGGUUUAGUGGUCAGGUUGAAAGAGUAACCUGGAAUCAUUUUUCACCUUGUAAUUUCUUGGCAAGCACAGAGGAUGGCUUUGUGUACUGUCUGGAUGCUCGUUCUGAUAAGCCGCUGUUUACUCUGAAAGCUCACGAUGAAGAGGUGUCAGGGCUACAACUAAGCAGUCAGAUCAAAGGGUGCCUUGUGACAUCAUCUGCUGACAAAUAUGUGAAAAUUUGGGAUAUCCUGGGUGACAGACCAAGUUUAAUCCAUUCCAGGAAUAUGAAAAUGGGUGUUCUCUUCUGUGCAGCUUGCUGCCCUGACUUCCCAUUUGUUUUUGCCUUCGGAGGAGAGCGAGAAGGGCUGCGUGUUUGGGAUAUAAGCAAGAUUUCUGCAGUGAAUGAAGUUUUUGGAAACAGAGAGAGACUUGUUCUGACUAGUGCCAACCCUGUGGCUUGCAGCUCCAUGGCCAGCAGUAGCAACAACGAUUCAGAGACAGCAAUGGAAUCAUGAUGGACCAAACAUCACAAAAUGAAAGUAAUUAAUGGGACUGUGACUAAUGUGCAUUGUACAGAUCCCCUGUUUGGUGAGAGUUCAUAGAAAUGACUCAGGUGUCUUGCAGCCUGCAGGCUGCUUCGUCUCAGACAAACACGGUGAUGUGGUUAAGCUCUUAAGUCAGCAGUUCUAAAUUCCUGCCUCUGUUACUGGCUUUGAAAGAUUAAAUCACUUUAUUUUGCCUGAG